AUGAUUGAAGGUAUUUCCAAAAUAAUUCCCUUAUCACCUCCUUCAUCAUCUCAAUGGACUGGACGGUUAUCUAAACUUAGUCCAAUCGCUGAAAUUUUGUCUAAAAUUGCAAAAGAAAUUAUGAAUUAUGCAGAGAAAUUUCAAUUGAUGAAAGCAUGAUAAAAUAUAAAGGCCACCACAUUUCCAAGCAGUAUGUCAAAAAAGCCUAUAAAUUGAGAAUUCAAGGUAUUUACAUUGUGCGAUUCAAAAAUAGGCUAUUUAUGAAAAACCCUGGAAAAUCAGCAAAAUAG